UGACGCUCAGCUCCACUCCAGCAAAAUAAACUUUCUCAAGACUGAGUCCACAGAUACCCGGCUACAUCUUUAAGACGCAGAUCAAGCCAUUGCUCAGUAUCUUCCAUACUGUAAUCGCGGUCGUGCCAAGCGUGAAGCAUAAUGGAAGUGACAGUGGUGAAAGGUUUUCUAGUUCUUCUCGCCGCGGUAGUUGUGCUGGAAAACUCUGUAAAUGCCACGGAUUCAAAUAAAAAUGUCGUUCUACUCUUGGCCGACGAUGCGGCCUUCGAGAUGGGGGCAUACAUGAACAAAAUCUGUCAGACCCCGCACUUGGAUGCAUUGGCUAAACGUGGUCUUAUCUUCAACAAUGCAUUCACUUCUGUCAGCAGCUGCUCACCAUCCAGAGCUCAAAUUUUGACUGGCCUCACAAGCCACCAGAACGGCAUGUACGGAUUGCACCAGGGAGUUCACCAUUUCAAUGUUUUCGAUGAAGUAAAAUCGCUCCCGGGGCUAUUGCACCCCAAACAUGUUCUGACCGGACUCAUAGGCAAGAAGCACGUCGGCCCCAAAUCCAACUUCCCCUUUGACUACGAACAAACAGAGGAAACCCACUCCAUAAACCAAGUGGGCCGGAACAUAACCAAGAUUAAGCUUUUCGUAAGGGAGUUUCUCGAAUUAGCAAAGAACUCGAGUAGACCAUUCUUCUUGAUGGUUGCGUUCCACGACCCUCAUCGUUGCGGUCACAUAACACCACAAUAUGGAGAGUUUUGCGAACGUUGGGGCUCCGGAGAGAUUGGCAUGGGAACGAUUCCAGACUGGACUCCAAUCUACUACGACUGGCAGAAUAUACCCUAUCCAGGAUACCUACCUGAUACGGAAACUGUUCGAAGGGAGCUUGCUGCACAAUAUCAAACAAUUUCGCGACUGGACCAAGGCGUUGGAUUGGUUUUGAAAGAGGUCGAAAAUGCCGGUUAUGGAGACAAUAGUUUGGUGAUCUACACUUCAGACAACGGACCGCCAUUCCCUGGAGGUAGAACAACCCUGUACGAUCCUGGCGUACGGGAGCCAAUGAUUAUUUAUUCACCUGAUAAAAAUGCAAGGCAUCAUGAUAUUACUUAUGCAAUGACGAGCCUUUUGGAUGUGUUCCCGACUGUUCUGGAUUAUUUUGGCGCUUCAAAUUCUGAUGAAUCUACUAAGUAUCUUGGGAAGUCGCUGUUGCCGCUCUUAGUUAAAGAACCUCCAAAGGACGAUGAAGCGGUAAUUUUCGGCAGCCAGAAUUUCCACGAAAUCACCAUGAACUACCCAAUGCGAAUGAUUCGCAACAAUCGCUUCAAACUUAUUCACAACUUGAACUAUCGCGCGAUUUUCUCCAUUGAUCAGGACCUCUACACUUCGCCUACAUUCCAGGAAAUCCUCAAUGCAACUAUCUUCGAGCGGCCCUUGCCAUGGUACAAAACCCUUCGCCAGUACUACGAGCGCCCAGAGUGGGAAAUGUACGACCUGAAACUUGACCCAUUGGAGCGUUUGAACAUUGCAAACAAAGCUGGCGUGAAGGACAUCCGGGAGAAGUUGCAGGCGAAACUGAGGGAGAUGCAAGUUGCCACCAAGGACCCUUGGGUUUGCGCUCCGCACGGAGUACUGCAGAAUCAAGGACCGUAUAAAGAAAAGCCAACCUGUUUUACGUUGGGGGACAGCGUGAAGGAGUCAAUAUAAAGUUCCGUCCUAAGAACGGAGGCGCUCCCGCCUAACGUGAUAUUCUCCAUCGUAACCUAACCUAUUUAGGAAUAAUUCAUUCACCUUUAAAUCACACAACGCCUGACAUUAAAAUUGUAAAUUUUAUUUAAAUAUAAAUAACAAGCUUUGGAAUUUUAAGCGUC